GUGCAAUAAAAUAUAGGAAAAACGCCUAAAAUUAUACGAUUCAUCAGUUUACCCCAUUUUCUAAAGCAAAAUCAGUUUUCCACAAACCCUAAUCGCAAUUCCGACCGUGAAUCAGUAAAAAUGGUGCUUGCGCAAUUAGGUGGCAGCAUUUCGCGCGCGAUUCAGCAGAUGAACAAUGCGACGAUCAUCGACGAGAAGGUUUUGAAUGAUUGCCUCAAUGAGAUCACGCGCGCACUCCUUCAAGCUGACGUGCAGUUCACGCUCGUUCGCAAUAUGCAGACCAAUAUCAAGAAGAUCGUCGAUUUCGACGCUCUCGCCGCCGGCCAUAAUAAACGCAACAUUAUCAAACAGGCUAUUUUGAAGGAGCUAUGCAAGAUAUUGGAUCCAGGGAAGCCUUCGUUCGCUCCCAAGAAAGGGAAAACUAGCGUUGUUAUGUUUGUUGGGUUGCAAGGGUCGGGGAAAACAACGACUUGUACCAAAUAUGCAUACUUCCACCAGAAGAAGGGAUGGAAACCUGCCUUGGUUUGUGCAGAUACAUUCAGAGCUGGUGCUUUCGACCAGUUGAAGCAGAAUGCCACUAAAGCCAAAAUUCCUUUCUAUGGAAGCUACACGGAGUCGGAUCCUGUGAGCAUUGCUGUAGAAGGGGUUGAAAGGUUUAAGAAGGAAAACUGUGACCUCAUAAUUGUUGAUACCAGUGGACGUCACAUGCAGGAAGCAGCUCUUUUUGAAGAGAUGCGUCAAGUUUAUGAAGCAACGAAACCAGAUCUUGUGAUAUUUGUCAUGGAUAGCAGUAUUGGUCAAGCUGCAUUCGAUCAAGCUAAAGCAUUCAAGCAAAGUGUUGCGGUUGGAGCUGUAAUUGUCACUAAGAUGGACGGGCAUGCUAAGGGAGGUGGUGCUCUUAGUGCAGUUGCAGCAACAAAAAGUCCAGUGAUAUUUAUGGGCACGGGUGAACAUAUGGACGAGUUCGAAGUAUUUGAUGUCGAGCCAUUUGUUAACCGUCUGCUAGGCAUGGGUGGUGGCGACUGGUCUGGGUUCGUUGAAAGAAUUCAAGAAGUGGUUCCGAAGGAUCAACAGCUGGAGAAGCUUUCUCAAGGCAACUUUACUUUCAGGACUUUGUACGAGCAGUUUCAGACUUUACUUAAAAUGGGUCCUAUGAGUCAGGUACUCUCCAUGCUUCCGGGAUUUAGCCAAGAGUUGAUGCCCGAAGGACGUGAAAAGGAAAGCCAGGCUAAGAUUAAAAGAUAUAUGACAAUGAUGGACUCGAUGACUAAUCAAGAGCUGGAUAGUUCAAAUCUGAAGAUGAUGAACGAGUCUCGAUUAAUGCGGAUAGCUAGAGGGUGUGGGCGUCCGUUGAGGGAUGUGAUGGAACUAUUGGAAGAGUAUAAACGUUUGGCGAAGAUUUGGGGGAAAAUGAAGGGAAUGAAGAUUCCGAAGAAGGGAGAAAUGAGCGCCCUAUCGAGAAAUAUGAACGCGCAGCAACUGAGUAAGGCGCUGCCACCUCAGAUGCUGAGUCAGAUUGGCGGCAUGGGCGGCUUGCAAAGCUUGAUGAAGCAAAUGGGUUCUGCUAAGGAUGUUAUGGGUAUGUUUGGUGGUGGGGAUAAUAAAUAGGUAUUUAACUUAGUCGACUGUGGGGAAUUCCAAGAUUCCUUUCACAUUGAACUUGAAUCAAUUCUUAUCAUUCAGGUACAUAUACAUCUCCCAUAUAGAGCAAUUUGAGAUAGACUAUUUGUUCAAGGUGACCAUUUUUGGGUUUUUACUCCCAUCGAUAUUAUUAAGAAGUUGCGUUGCUUCAUUUUUUCAUCA